AUGGCUCCCAAAGCCGGACCUCACAUUUUUAAACCUUCGAGCGGCACGAACCAGGGCGCAGAGGAGGUACCGCCGGACGGGAGAGCCCGAGGACAAGACCAGUUUCAACAGGGUUUCGGCCAAGCUGCGAAGACACGCAAAGGUGCUGGUCAGGAAUCGAUGGAAACUCAUGUGCAAGAAUGCCAACGCACACUCGUCCAUGAGCUGUGGACCGUCCUAGGGACAAUGACUGGGAAAAGCCGUUCAAGACAUACCCUGCAGGUCUUGGCGCUGGCGGCCAACGAAACACCAGAAGCAGCAGCGGAGAGUCUGUGCGCCCUGUACGCCCCGGCAGAGGCGGCGGGAAGACCUGGGGUACCAAACACCGCGUCGGGACCUCUAGAUGCCCAGUUUACAGUCCAAGAACUGCAGAGUGCCCUUCGCAGAUGUCGGAAGAAGAGCGCAGCCGGACCCGACGGAGUCCCGUACCAGGCACUCACGAACCUCACCGAAGUGGCCCAAGAUGCCCUGGUCAAAUGGUUCAACGCUAUAUGGAACUCCGGGGACGUCCCAAACGAGUGGAAAAAAAUCAGGUCCGAAGGUACAGUGUCCUCGCCAAGGGUGCUGCACAGAGGGUUGCCACAGGGAAGCGUGUUGAGCCCGGUGCUCUUUAACAUCGUGAUGGCUACACUACCGAACGCCAUCCCACCAACCGCACUCCCGGUACAAGUGUCUAUCUAUGCAGACGAUGUGUGCCUCUGGGUGGCAGGAAUAUACACAACACAGAUACACCGGAGCAUACAAGACGCCACGCAAGCAGUAGACGAGUUUUUGGCUGAAUCGGGGUUGUCCCUGUCAAAGAGCAAGACCGUCUGGAUGCCGGUACGGCGGAAUGGAAGAAGGUUUCAACCGCCAAGCAUCGUGUUAGCGGGGGAGAACGUCACAAAGGUCACCAAGCAGAGGUUCCUGGGAAUCGUCAUCACAAGCAGGUUGAGAUGGGCACAAGCCGUAAAAGCGACAUCGGAAACAUGCAGGCAUGCCAUGAACGCUGUUCGCCGUAUGACUGGAACCGCGUGGGGAUGCACGGAGCGGACCAUCACAGCUGCCCACACGGCGCUUGUAACGUCAAGGGUAAUGUAUAGACUCCCAUACAUGGCCCCAUCUCGGACGGACCUGGAGAGGAUGGAACAACGACAUCGGCAUGGACUACGAACAGCACUGGGGAUUCCCAACGCUGCCAGGAACGACGCGGUCCUUCUGGAGGCGGGGACAGAGUCGCUCGCAAGACAGGCCAAAGGAAGGAGACUUCACCAGCUGGCGCGAUUAUCUAUGACCCACCCGGGCAGAUGGUUCCUACAUCGAGUCCAGGCCCGGAUGAAAUCGCUAUGGAGCGAGGCGGUAGAAGAGUUCCACAAUGUCACGGACCCACUACCGACGAGGACGGACGAAGCAAGGAUGGCUCCAUGGGACGUAAUCAAGGUGUCCAGUGACGUAAGAAUCAAGCACCUGCGUUCCAAGAAAGAUAGGCCAGGCAUCGCUAUCAGAGCAGCAGUUGAAGCACACUUGGAAGAACACCAUAGGGGAAAGCUUCGAAUAUACACGGACGGGUCCGUAAACAAAGCAAGAACCUCCAGCACUGCGGCCUACUGCAUACCAGAGAAAGGCUGGGAGUGGGGCGGGAGACUUCAAACACCCACAUCUUCCACGGUGGCCGAACUGGUGGCCAUCGAUAAAGCCCUCCAAGCUGCCACCCUAUUGCCACCACAGGGAAUGGUGGUGCUCACCGACUCGAGAUGCGCCCUUCAGAAGAUUGCGAAUGCAGAGUGCGGGGACCCAGCAACGACCGCCGUAAGAAAGUCACUAGCAUCGUUGGAAGCACGCGGAUCCACAGCGUGGCUCCAGUGGAUUCCAGGGCAUGCGGGGAUCGAAGGGAAUGAACAGGCAGACAGGCUGGCCGCAGCUGCUCACUUGGAAAUCCCGGCUGUCCCGUCACCGGCAAAUCCGCAACAGGCUGCACUUGACGUCCGCUGGUACCUUUUAAAUGCAAGUAACGAGCCGGCGCUGCCAAAAGGAGCCCUGUCUGGAUUGUCACGGGCGGCAGAGACUCUGGUGCGACGCUUGCGCACAAACACGGCCAACACGAAGGCUUUUCUGGUCAAGAUGGGAAAACGGCGGAUGUCAGAAUGCUCGCAAUGCGACGAGGAAGAGACUGUGCACCACAUUCUCCGCGCCUGCCCGGCAUACGAAGCUCAACGAACUGUGCUGUAUGAACAAAUCGGCAUGGAUAAUCCGGGAGCAACAGUCGAUAUCCUCUUCCCAGAUGGACCUCGAAGGAAGUGUCAGAAAGUGUUCAAGGCGGUGCUGCGCUUCCUGCGGGAGAUUGGCUUGAUCGACCGACUGUAG